AUGCAUUGUCUCGAAAAUGGUGCUAAAGCGGUAAUACUUAUGUCUCAUCUUGGUCGUCCUGAUGGAAAGAAAAAUCCAAAGUUUACCUUGGCGCCAGUAGCCGAAGAGCUCAAGAAGGUUCUUGGGAAAGAUGUAAAGUUUUUGGACGAUUGCGUCGGCCCAAAAGUAGAAGCUGAAUGUGCAAAUCCGGCACCGGGAUCUGUCAUACUACUUGAAAAUUUGAGGUUCUACAUUGAAGAAGAAGGGAAGUGCACGAAUGAGAAGGGUGAAAAGUUGAAAGCCAAACCUGCUGAUGUUGAGAAAUUUCGAGCUUCGCUAACAAAACUUGGUGAUAUCUAUGUGAAUGACGCAUUCGGUACGGCACAUAGAGCUCACAGCUCAAUGGUUGGAGUUAAAUUGGAGACGCGUGCUUGCGGGUUUUUGAUGAAAAACGAGUUGGCAUACUUUGGAAAA